GCAUGCGCAGUGGUUGGCAGCACUGACGGUGGACGGUGGGAAAGCUUUCAAAUUUUUGUUGCUGUUUGUGUACAGUGAAAAGACUUUUCCUUUGAUUGCGAUGUGUCUUGAAUUGUAUGGAGGACUCUAAGAUUUGCGGUGAUGUUCGUAUUUCAGAUUCACUCCGGUUAUUUCACUCAUUCAGAAUUCCAAUGAGGCAUUCCUGACACAUCAUGGCUGAACUACUUGAAAAAUUUUCAUCCUUUCACUGUGAUGUUGAUGGUUUGUCGCCAAAUGAAGUAAAAUGGUUGUCGGAAGUCACAGAAUUAUCAGCAUUCCUGGAAUGGUUUAUGAAAUACACCGAUAAUUCUAACUGUCUUGAUAAGAUACAGUUUCGAAAGUACAAUGAGUUGUGUCAAGAUGGUGACCAAUUAUACGGACAAGCAUUAGAUGAAGCCCUUGGGGAGUUCGGGAUCGAUGUGAAUAAAUGUAUGUCGUCAAAUCUGUCCCAACUUGAUUUAGAGCUACUUGAUAAGGAAUUGGAUGAGCUGAGAACUCAAAAUGAUGUUGGACAUGAAAUAGAAACACUCCUAAGUGAAGAAAUUCAGAAGUUGAGCUUAAAGGAGCAUGCUAAUGAAGCGAAAUUGAAAGCGGCUCAAGCAUUUUGUCAGAAAGAAGGACAGAAUCUAAUGAAGAUUAACGUCCCCUUAAAGGCAACGAUGACAAAUCUGUUUUCUAACUUUUCUAAGUUAGUUUUAUCUUUAAAAGAUUCUAACGUCCCGGAUGUUCAAAAUUGCUUGAUGUCAAAUAUGCCUUUGGAAAACAUAAUAAAUAAGUGUGAUAAAUUCAACGAAUAUGCUAAUUUAUAUAUCAAGCGAAACUUUGAACAAUGCGCUAGGAGUGAAAAGACAAUAAAUGAACUGAUGUCCUUCCUGGAAGAGGAUUCUUCCAUGAGAUCUGCUAUGUCAUCAAGUGAUAUGACAAGUGGAUUACCCCACAAAAUGUGGAAAGUUGAAAUUGGUAGAAUAUCAAUGCAAGGUACACUAGUUGGAUAUUCAACAGCAAUGAACACCCUCUCUAAAUUAAAAGAGAGUGGUCUUUUGGAGAAAUAUAAUGUCCUGCAAAUGAAGGUGGAUUUGACUAAACUUCAAGAGGAAAUUUCAAGACUGACUGAUGAUAUUGAAUUAUUAGUGAGGCACGAAGUGCAUAACAUGGCAGAGCACAUUGUUCUCCAACAUAUUUAUUCUGUGGUCGAAAACAUUACCAGAGCUCGCAUUGAGCGUAGACAAAUAAGUCUCAGGAAGCUGUGCAUAGCAGCCAAUGUGACACACAAAAUCUUGUAUCUCACGGACUUAAUCUGGAUGUUAAUGCUUCAGGAAAGUCACAAGUUCAAAUUUGGAACUGAUCUACUGAAAGAAAUCACAGAAUAUUUCACUGAUGAAUUAAAUAAGCAUAAUACAGUUAUGAAUAAUCUUAACAUUAUAUCAAAUGAGUACGCCUCAUAUUCAGAGGCAUUGAGGCCUGGCCAAGCUGCAUUGGUGAGCACUGUUCAAAAAUUGUUGGAGAUUUCUGUUGACAACUUUGACUCAGGCAAUGGCACUUCAUCUGAGCAUCAUCUCAAAGAACUUGAGCAGAUUCAGCUCUCUACUAUAUUGGAACCAUUUAAUCAUACAGGCCGAGAAAACUCUGUGUAUGAACUCCUGUCUUAUUUAUCUGACGGUCCAACAAAGAAACCAAACCUUGUCAGUAAAGAUUUGUAUCUCGCAAUGGAAGAGGUGGAGUGUCAAUUGAACAAUUAUAACAGGGAGAUACAAAAGCUUGAUACAACUUUCUCAAGCAAGCAGUUGGCUUUCAAAAAGUACCCUGUUCUGAAAAACAGACGUCUUUUAUGGGCAUGGUUUUUAGUUGCCCCUCAUGAACUUGAAAAGGCUGUUAUGCAGGUUGAAGAAUCAGCAAAGAGAAAGAAAUAGAGUUCAUCAAAACUUAUGUAAAUUAUUAUUCUGCUUCUUAUUUUUUUCUAAUAAUAAAACUAAUAAUUAAAAAAUAUAUAAGAAUGUAAA